CAGCAGACUACAAGGGGGUCUUGGCAAGGAGCGCGGAGGGAGGGGAUAUUUUAAUGGCCGCCAGUAGCACUACAGAAUACUAAAAGUCCAGAUUAUCCACUGUAUUUAGACUACAAUACCUACGGAAGCUUCUUGGUUACUCCUCUGCUGUGAGGUUUAUUGUUCUGGAGGUGUAUUACGUGUGCAGGUGUGUUUGUAGCGCCUUUUCUGCAGCGCUUCGCGGACUUUACCCGCUUGGUUUGUGCGCGGGUGUGAGCUCAGGCCUAGCCGGCUGGCUAACAAACAAGCGGACGUCCAGCUUGUUGAAAGGGAAUAUGUAACAUAUAGCAACCAUCAUGACAUCCAGAUUUGGUAAAACAUACAACCGCAAGGGAGGGGAGGCUAACUCGAAAUUUGAAGAGGUCUUUUCCAAUAAAAAACCCACAUUGACCACCAAAUGGGGGGAGACCACCUACAAGGCCAAAUUGGGGGCCAAAAGGCCUCUUUUAAAACCUGACACGUCUGACUUGCUGAAGAGACCCAGGCUUGAGGACAGUGACAAUGAAGAAGACCCAUUUGGGUUUGACAGUGACGACGAGGCCAAGACUGAGACCUCUCGCGGUGUGUCCAAGUCACAAGUCAAUGAAGGGGAUGUGAAAAAAAUGACCGCAGUGCAGGCUGGUGGGGCCGUUGUUUCUUCUGCACAGGGAUCUGCUAGCUCAGUAGCCAUGUUCACAAGCAAGCAAACAACUGAAGUGAAGGCUGUCAACAAUAACCAGUCCUGUUACAAAAGUACAUCAGAUAGCAACCAAAAACCUGCAUUCAUGGACUCUUUGUCUAACACAGUCCCCUCAAAGGAUCACAGCUUCGCCGUGUCUCAGAGGCCCAUUUACUCCUCUCUUAAUAAAGACACUACUCUUAAAUUGGCCACUGAUGCACCAGGUGGAAGCAGAGACUUCCAAACCUCUUCCUCAUAUGACGGACUACCAUCAGAAGAGAUGAAAAGUGAUGCGCAAGAGCCUCCACCAGAACCAGUGGACAACCUUCCCCCCUCCCCAUUUACCCUAAGAGCCUCAAACUGCAAGAAGUACCUGCGGCCCAGCAAGUCUAACACGAUGUCUUCUGAACAGGCGGAGAGCAACAGCAACCAGCCCACCGAAAAUGCCCAAGAUAAACCCAAGAGUGUCCUUUCUGCUGGAGCAAGUAGUACUGCUGUCAAUGCUAAACCAGCAGCUAAGCCUGCAGCUAAGCCUGUGGGCAGGGGUGGUGGAAGGGUACGGGACUACACGGUUUUGCACCCUUCCUGUCUGUCUGUGUGCAAUGUCACCAUCCAGGAUUCAAUAGAGCGGAGUAUUGAUGAACUGGUCACUCCAGCUGCCCCUGCCGACCUUGGAGAAGCAGGUCAGAUGAAGAAGAAGACAGAUACUCCGCCACCAAAACCUACAAGGUUCAGACCCACCCAGACUAAGACCAAGAAGACCAAGACUGAGACCAAACUAGAGUUUUUUGGCUUUGAGGACAAGGACCAAGGGGCCGAGGAGGGUCCCGAUGGUGGCAUAGCAGGCAAGAGCAGCUACAAGAUCAAGUACUUUGGCUUUGACGAUCUGAGCGAGAGUGACAGUGAUGAUGAGAGUGCUCAGGCUAAAGAGAAGAAGGCAAAGAAAGCGGCUGCAGCCCUAGCAGCGCUGAGCUCCGGUGUGGACAGCCCUCAUACCAGCGACUCUCAGGACAGCCAGGCCAGCAGCAAUACAGAUACUUUUGACUUCUCUGAUGACUCCAGUCCUGGUGGCCCUGAGGGGCAAAAAGGACGACCAGGGAAACCAGGUGACAAGUCUAAAGACUGUGGCAGUGGAUUCAAAAAGAUCUUCAGUGGACCCAAAAAGUCGCCUGCUAAAGCUGUUUACAACGCUCGCCACUGGAACCAACCUGAGCCCGAAGAGAUACCUGUGCCUCCACUUUCUCGGUCUCAAACUGCUCCGGCCGUUUUACCGAGCAGCAGCAGCAGCAGCAGCAGCAGCAGCAGCAAGGACAGCAACUCCCAUAAAGAUGAUGGCCUGUUCAAAGCUCCUCCACCGCCGCCCAAAGUCACAAAGUCGGAGACCCUCCCCACGCGACUCAACCAGGAUAUUGUCACUGCCCUCAAAUGCAGAAAGGAGCACAAGGAGCUGUACACGGUGGUGCAGCAUGUGAAGCACUUCAACGACGUGGUGGAGUUUGGAGAAAAUCAGGAGUUCACCGAUGAUUUUGAGUACCUGGAGACGGGGCUGAAAAGCAGUCAGCCUCUCAACACAAGAUGCCUUAGUAUUAUCAGCCUGGCCACACGGUGUGCCAUGCCUGGUUUCAGGAUGCACCUUCGGGCCAGAGGGAAAGUGGCGCAGGUCUUCAAAAUGCUCAGUGAUGCUCCACAGCACCCGAACCUCGCUCUCUGCACGGCGGCCCUGAUGUACAUUCUGAGCCGGGAUCGUCUCAACAUGGAUCUGGACAGGGCCUGCCUGGAACUGAUGAUCAAGCUGCUAGAGCUGGACCAGGACUACUCUGCCCACCAGGAUCAGCUCACCGCGAAGGAGGUGGAAAAGGUCAAGGAGAAGAUCAGGAAGCUGUGCGAGACGGUGCACAACAAACACCUCGACCUGGAGAACAUCACGACGGGCCACCUUGCCAUGGAGACGUUGCUCUCUCUCACCUCCAAGAGAGCGGGUGAUUGGUUCAAAGAAGAGCUCAGGCUGCUGGGAGGUUUGGAUCACAUUGUAGACAAAGUUAAAGAGUGUGUGCAGAACCUAAGCCAAGAGGACGACAAGGAGAACCUGGUGGCGUCUUUGUGGGGGGCAGAGAGGUGUCUGAGAGUGCUUGAAAGUGUGACAGUUGCAAACCCAGAAAACCAGGGUUACUUGAUCGCCUACAAAGACUCGCAACUUAUUGUCUCGUCCUCCAGAGCUCUGCGGUACUGUGAGGAUAUGAUCCAGCGGUACAGCAGGGCUUUGAACAACAGCUCUCUGUCAGUGUCAAGUGCUGCACUGCCCCACUGCAGCUUCAGUAACGUGGGCAAGGCGGUGGAGGACUGCAUGAGGGCUGUCAUAGGAGUACUGCUCAACCUCACACAUGAUAAUGAGUGGGGAAGCACAAAGACAGGUGAGCAGGAACAGCUAAUAGUAACAGCUUUGAAUUGCAUCCUUCGAGUCCCACGCUACAUCCCACAGGAGCAGCGCUUCGACGUGCGAGUACUGGGUCUCGGUCUGCUAAUUAACCUUGUGGAGUACAGCUCCAGAAACCGCCACUGUCUGGUGGACAUGGAGUUCAGCGUCGACGACACCUGUCUGGAAGACAGCCUGAUGCAGCCGGCCGACCCGACACAAGUUGACACAGCAGCAGAAGCUUCAGCGUCAGCACCGCCGAGCACAGCUGAGACUCAGGGAGACGGGGCUGACAAGCCCAAAUCCACCGGUGCAUUGGCUGCUCUGGUGAAGUUCUUCCUGGAGAGGGAGCGUGCCGCCAUCCUUGCUGAGGCUAAGACUGAUGACCUCAUCAGCGAGGCGCCCAAGCCGGCGCUGGACAAAAGCGGCGAGUGGCAGGAGACGUCGGGAGAGAUCCAGUGGGUGGCAGCCGAACCCAACGACAGCCAAACGGAGAAUAAAGAGAGCGAGAAGAAAGAGGAAGAGGAUGAAGAGUUGGACCUAAAUAAAGCUCUGCAGCAUGCAGGCAAGCAUAUGGAGGACAGUAUUGUUGCCUCCUACACCGCUCUGCUGCUGGGCUGCCUCUGCCAGGGCAGCCAGGUAAAUGUGACUACUGUGAGAGAGAAUCUACCUAAAGGGGAUUUCUCCAUUAUGACAGAAAUGCUGAAGAAGUUCUUGAGUUUCAUGAACCUCACUUGUUCAAUGGGCACCACAGGACAGAAGUCCAUCUCGCGGGUCAUCGACUACCUGGAGCACUGUUAAUAGACAGCCAGACAGACGACUCACACUCUGCACAUUAAAGGGAUCCCAGGCUACUUUGAUACCCGCCCCUCACAGACAGGAAUAACAAGAGGGUCAGUGGAGGUUAAGGCAGCAAUCCCAUAGCUACACCAGAUCACCCAAUGAAUUCUCACCCAUAGAGGCAUCCCUCUGGAGCACAGCCUGAACCAAAGCCCUGCUAGCUCAUGCUUAUGUAGGUUCCAAACUACUCACUCUACAGUCAAGAGUCGGAUCCAGAUUCAUCCUCAGGUAACUGGGAAUCGGACAGAGGCAAGGCUGAAACUCAAAAUAAUCAGUUGAAUGUCAAGUAUUAAGAUGGACUGAAAGCUCUUUCUGAAACAGUCCUAAAGGUUUGAUGCUAACGGGCCCCCCCUGAGGGCCGAAUCUCCUGUCCGCCGCCUGGUCUCGAUUCCUGGACGCUCAGCAAGAGAGUGAACCUCCCCGAUUAGAUUUCACGGAUCAUUACAUUUUAAUCUCUUCUCAUCCACAUCAAAGCCAAGGGGUGAAAUCAUUGAUAAGCAUGAAAAAAAAACAAUCACUUUCAUGGAUGUUAGAAUGAUGUCUUUAUGUGUAAACUCGUGCAGAAUGAAUCUGAAUGCGUUGGUUUGACGUACAUGUUUGCAUUUGGCUUGAAUGUUUUAAGGGAAAGAGAGCCUUUUUUUUUUUUAAGCUUUUGUUUCAAUGUUUUCACUGUGUCCGUUUAUCCACUAAAUGGUGAGUUUUCAAGACACAUAGGCGUUCUCUUCUGUUUUUUGAUUUGUAUUAUUUCACCACUUUCUAGGGCAUUUUAAAAAUCUGAAUUCUGAAUUAUUUUGAAACGAAAUCCAGAUUUCAAACUUUGAUCCGUUAUUUGACUGAUAAUGACAUUUAGAAGAUGCUGUGCUAAACUAAGGAUUUCUUUUGAGCUUUUAUCAAUUUGGACAUAUUUUAGUUUAGAUAAUUAAACCUUUCUUUAAAUUAUACAUCAUGAAAUUACAAUUGAAAACUCACAGGUAUAACAGAUGUGAUGAAUUACUACAAAAUAAUGGUCGUGCUUCCUUUUUGAAUUUGUAUUGAAAUGAUCAUUUUAAAUGUAUUUAAUUUAAUGCUUUCUUUUCCUUUUGUAAUUGAAAAUGUUUUACCCAGCUUCACAUCAUGUGUCAUUAAAAUACGCCCCAUGAGACACAGCUCGGUGGCUGGACAGAGUAAAUAUGUGACAGAAUCAGCUGAAUAGUUAUGUCGGCUUUACUCCAUGCAAACAUACAGUAGAUCUGUAGUCAUGUUGGGGAUCUCCUGAUGGUUUCUUCAUGUCCAGCCACAUGUAGCUUCAUGUUUUCCCUCUAAUAGCAUCAUGAUCUGUCUGUGUUGGACAUCAUGCAUUAAGCUCCCCAUUAUUUAUUCUUUUUAGUGUCAUUUUUUAAAACUGAUGCUGCCGCCUUGUACUGCUCACAUGUACGAUCACUGAUUUGAACGACAGCCAUACCUGUAUAAGCAGAUAAGUUAGAUCUGGUUUUGUAGGGCUGCAGUGAACAUCACUGCAUCUGUGUUUACUGUUAAUUACUUUGCAAAUUUUCUGCUCUGAAUGGUAUUUUAGAUUGUAAAUACUCCUGUACAUAGCAGUUAAUGGACAUUCAAAAUGCUUAGACUACUUUUUUUCCCGAAGCUGAUAUUUUUAUUUUAUACAAUAUGUCUGAGUUUGAAUUUGAUGAAAAAUUGCAGGAAGAGUGGAGAGAAAAAACCGUUUGUACUCGUUUUAAGGACAUUUUCUUUGGUUACAUGUAAAUAAUUGUAUCUGAAAAAGAAAAGUUGAUACUUUCAGUACA